UCGUCAUGCGGCGCGAACACAUUUUUAUCUGCAGUUUAAUGUGGCUUCUUCUCUUCCUGCUUUCCGAAAGACUUUUUGCGAGUGCAGAAUCAGGAAACGACUAUUCGAAAGGAUGCGCUCAUGUACAGUGUGAGAAUGGUAGCCGUUGCGUAAAACGAAGAUCUUGGUGCAAGGAUCCUCCUUGCCCUGGCAUGUUAUAUUGUUCUAAAUCGAGAAGAGAAUCCUUGAAGGGACCUCUUACGUGUGACACUGUUCGUUGCAACAGAGGACACGUGUGCAUCAUCAAAGUUCGGGGAUGUCAUUGGGAUGAAAAGUGUAAGCAACAAUUAGCGCGCUGCGUAUUGGAAAGAGAAUAUUACGAGAAUGCAGUUUCCUGCGCCGGUUUCGAAUGUCCGUCAGGAAAACGUUGCAUCUUGCGAGAAAUCCUCUGCGUUAGUCCACCGUGCAAAUUGGCCAAAAGUUGCGAAAAUGAAAAAGAUGUGCAAACUUGGUUCGAUCAAUGCAAAAGUUUGAACUGCGCCUCGGAAUACGAGUGUUUCUUGCGAAGGCCAGAAAACAAUUGUCCGACGUGCACACAUACGCCUGAUUGUAUGUUCACCAUCGAAGAUGAGUUAAUCAGUAAAUAUUGCUACGGUUGGAUCUGCCCACGAGCGCAAAAAUGUGUAGUGCGAAUUGUAGGUUCGUGUAAGGGUUUCAAUUGUACCAUCGAGCGAUUGUGUCAUGCAUCUUCAAUCUCUUCCACUGAACAUAACGCAAAUAACGAGGUUUCUAAGCAAUCCUCAACCAGAAGAACCUUGGUGCAAGCCGAGAGGGAAUUGAUUCGCCAGGCGCAGGAGAGAAGUAGGAAUUACCCGACUACAAGCAAAAAGCCGAUUUUACCAGCGACUUUAACGAGAGGACAAAGUACUCACUAUACAACUCCUGCGACUCCUGCAACUUCUGCAAAGCAAGGGACAGAAGUUUCGUCGAUUCAUCAACAAAUUGCAACAACGAAAUCAAAUUCAAUCACAGAAUCAUCAACAAACGAAUUAUAUUUGACGUUGCCUUAUCUUCGAAUUCGAUUGUAUCACAAUAAACCCUUUUCAAUCAACGAUGACAAAGUUUUCCAGAGUUCAACUUCUCCGACAAUUUUACCCGCUGAUGGGAGGAAGUCCGAGCCAAUCAUGUCGCGUGAUACAAAUAAAUUAGAAACUCCAAGAAAUAUCUACAUAACAACCAACGAGUUCCCCCUUCCCUUGAUGUUAGAGGACAUUAACUUCUUUGACCAAGGUUAUCCGAUCUGGAUAAAGAACGAUCCAUAUCGUUCGUGGGAAGUGAAGGACGAAAAGGGAUGGAGAUACCUCGCGCCACAAGAACCGUACAAGAUUUUAUUGCCGCCGUAUGAACCGGUGAUCCUUGUCGAAGAUAUGGGAAAACGAGAACAAUUUCUACCAUUCUUCACUGACCUUUUUAGCGAAGCGACUUCAAUGUCUUUGCCAGAAAUAACACCUGCAGAUAUUGGAAAUUCGAAGACGGAUAAUACUUCGACGAUUGCAGAUGAGACUAUACAAAUUGAUUAUACAAAUAUAAGUUCUACAACUGCCAAGAUAGAAAACAUCAAGACGAAUCAUACCAACGAUGAAUCUCCCAACGAUUAUAGGGUUUUCCCGAUGACGGAAAAAACAAGCACGGCUUCGAUAAAUAUUCGUAACGAAGAACUAGAUAGCUAUGACGAUUACGAGUGGGAACCGUGGUAUAUGAUUCGUGAUUAUCUGGAUCAAAAUGAGCCCCGAUCAAACCGCAAACAAGAAUCCAAACUUAUUGUAGUCGGUCGUGCGGCUUGGAGAAAACGUUUUCAAAUAAAAUACGUUCUCCUUGGAAUUAACGCGCGACGAUUUGAUAAAGUCCUUUCCCCGUCGAUACCGACGUACGUUAUUUACUAUCGUAUAAAAGAACCGAGAACGAGCUCAGUUUCAAUCAGAUCCGCCAAAAUGAGUUGCAAUUGUCCGUUGACCACGUCCGCAGGACCCACUUUGGCCUCGACAUGCGGCGGCUCGUCCUUCAUGCUCUUCAUGGGGCUGCUCGAAGUCUUCUUGCGUAGUCAAUGCGACCUCGAGGACCCGUGUAACAGACCUGCCCCACCGAGCAGCGUCAAUACGAGGUACGAUUUCGUCGUGAUCGGAGGCGGUAGCGCUGGAGCGACCGUCGCGGCCAGAUUGUCGGAAGAGCCGAGAUUUUCCGUAUUGCUGCUGGAAGCUGGUUUGGACGAGCCAACGGGCACCCAGAUACCUUCCUUCUUCUUCAACUUCAUCGGCAGCGACAUCGACUGGCAAUACACCACAGAGAGCGAGGACGAGGCUUGCUUGAACAAGGAACACAAAAAAUGUUACUGGCCUAGAGGAAAAGUCCUCGGCGGUACGAGCGUUAUGAACGGGAUGAUGUAUAUGAGAGGCUCGCGCAAGGAUUACGACGACUGGGCCAAGCUCGGCAACGUCGGAUGGUCCUAUCGCGACGUCCUACCGUUUUUUAUACGGAGCGAGGAUAAUCAGCAAGUGAACAGCAUGGAUUAUGGCUAUCACGGGGUCGGCGGGCCACUCACGGUCAUGCAGUUUCCUUACCACCCGCCAUUAAGUACCUCUCUUUUGGAAGCUGGAAAAGAAUUAGGAUACGAUACGGUUGAUCUGAACGGACGAACCCACACCGGGUUCGCCAUAGCGCAGACCACAUCCAGGAAUGGCUCACGUCUUUCCACGGCGCGCGCCUUCCUGCGUCCCGCCCGAAACCGCCCGAAUCUCCACAUAAUGCUUAAUUCGACGGCGACAAGGAUCCUCUUCGACGAGAAUAACAGGGCGGUCGGUGUCGAGUUCCUUCACGACGGAAUGACGAAACACGUGUCGGUGGCGAAGGAGGUGAUCGUGAGCGGAGGUGCCGUUAACUCGCCGCAAAUCCUCUUAAAUAGCGGCAUAGGACCUCGAGAUGAACUCAAUACAGUGGGAGUGCCGGUUGUUCGCGAUCUCCCAGGUGUCGGCAAGAAUCUUCACAAUCACGUUGCCUACGCGUUGAUCUUCACCAUCAAUGAUACCGAUACUACUCCUCUCAAUUGGGCGACCGCUAUGGAAUAUUUGCUCUUCAGGGAUGGACUGAUGUCUGGUACAGGAAUAUCCGAAGUGACAGCAAUGAUAAACACCAAGUACGCGAAUCCGAAAGAAGAUCAUCCCGAUGUGCAGCUAAUCUUCGGCGGUUACCUGGCCGAUUGCGCGGAGACUGGAAUGGUGGGCGAAAAGAAGGGUGCGAACCGCACUAUCUACGUCAUCCCGACUAUCCUGCAUCCGAAAAGUCGCGGUUAUCUACGCUUACGAAACAACGAUCCUCUCUCGAAGCCGCUGAUCUACCCCAAAUACUUGACUCAUCCCGACGAUUCGGCAGCUCUCGUGGAAGCCGUUAAGUUCAGUAUCCGAUUAACGGAUACCCAGGCUCUCAAAAGGUAUGGUUUCGAGCUGGACCGAACUCCCGUGAAGAAUUGCGAGCAUCUCAAGUUCGGCUGCGACGCUUACUGGGAAUGUGCGAUUCGUCAUGACACUGCACCAGAGAAUCAUCAGGCGGGAUCCUGCAAAAUGGGACCGCCGGAUGAUCCAAUGGCCGUGGUUGACAAUCAAUUGCGAGUCAGAGGAGUGCGAGGUGUAAGGGUGGCCGACACGAGCAUCAUGCCGAGGGUCACAUCCGGCAACACGAAUGCGCCAGCGAUUAUGAUCGGUACGUAA